AUGAAAGAAUUCUUGGAUUUAUAUUACACCAGUCUAAACAAGCGUGGAAGCCAUGAACACAAGAACAAUGUGGAUAAAUACACCAAGAGUAUUCAGGCCUCAGGAUUAUAUGAUAUAACCACAGAUAUGCUGAGCUUUGGCGCCAAAACAGCGUGGAGGAACGCUUCCAGGUGCGUCGGCAGGAUUCAGUGGUCCAAUCUGAAACUUUUUGACAGAAGGGAUGUAACCACCUCAAAGCAGAUGUUUGACGCAAUCUGUGAACAUAUUGCCUAUUCGAAUAACAACGGAAAUCUGAGAUCCGCAAUUACCAUCUUCCCUGCUAGAACUGAUGGCCAACAUGAUUUUCGUAUUUGGAAUCCUCAGUUAAUUUCUUAUGCGGGAUAUCAACAAAAAGACGGUUCUAUAAUCGGUGAUCCAGCGAAUGCUGAAUUUACUCUGGUGUGUGAACGGUUAGGUUGGAAAGGAAAUGGUGGCCGCUUUGACAUUUUGCCGCUGGUCUUGCAAGCAAAUGGCGGAAAACCAGAGAUUUUUGAACUCCCCCAAGAGCUCAUUCUUGAAGUGAAUUUCACACAUCCAAGGUACCCUUGGUUUGAAGAGCUUGGCCUAAAAUGGUUCGGUUUGCCCGCCGUGUCACAUAUGUGCUUUGAAGUUGGUGGACUCGAAUUUCCCGGUUCCCCAUUCAAUGGCUGGUACAUGGCAUCUGAAAUUGGAGCCCGGGAUCUUUGUGACAACCAGAGAUAUAACAUCAUACCCGAAGUGGCACAAUACAUGGAUUUGGAUACAACAAGCCAAACAUCCCUGUGGAAAGAUAUCACCAUGAUAGAAAUCAACGUUGCUGUGUUGCAUAGUUUUCGGAUGGCCGGAGUGACUAUCAUGGAUCAUCAUACGGCAACAGAGACAUUCGUCACGCAUAUGCACCAGGAACAAAUAUCUCGAGGUGGAUGUCCAGCAGAUUGGGUGUGGAUCGUUCCUCCUAUCAGCGGAAGCCUCACUCCAGUUUUCCACAUGGAAAUGCUUAAUUAUCGACUGAAACCAUCUUAUGAAUACCAACAAGUGGCCUGGAUUGGAUACAAGUGGGAAAAUUUCAAGAGGAAAACGAUUCGACAAGUGGCCCUUGCAGUUUUAUUUACUGGUUUCCUGAUGUCAAAGAUUGCUAAGAAAAGAAUUCGGUGCACAAUUCUUUACGCCACAGAGACGGGCAAAUCACUUCAAUUCGCACAUUCUCUUGCUAUCAUAUACAGAAAUACUUUUACCACGGAGGUUAUUUGUGCAGACGAAUAUGACAUCUCAAAGCUGCCAAAUGAAACUCUCUUGUUGGUCGUCACGAGCACAUUUGGAGAAGGUGACGCCCCUAGCAAUGCACAGGAAUUGAAAAAGACAAUUUGGAACCUGAGUCGGAAAGCAAAUGAUCAGUAA